GACCAAUCUCUCAUCUUCCACCAUUGCUAAAUCCUAUGCAUGUUUCGCCAUUAGAGUUAUUCCAUAGCGGUCCUUCACUUGAUUUUGAUCUUCUUCCAGGAAGUUGUUCUUCAAUGGCUGUACCUACUUUGCCAUCUCAACCAAACUUGGUUUUAUCAGAGAUGGACAAGUCUCUUAUGACCAACAUUGCUGUGACCGCUAUGGAAGAAUUGCUUAGGCUUCUUCAAACUAAUGAGCCUCUAUGGAUCAACACUGAUGGAUCCAGAGACGUUCUCAAUCUUGAAAGCUAUGAGAAUAUAUUUCCAAGAUCAAGUACUAGUGGUGGAAAGAAGAAUAACCUUCGAAUGGAAGCAUCUAGAUCUUCUGGUGUUGUUUUCACUAAUGCUUUGAUACUUGUGGACAUGCUCAUGGAUUCUGUUAAAUCAGCAGAUCUUUUCCCCUCAAUCGUUGCAGCAUCUAAAACCCUUGCAGUGAUUUCAUCAGGAUUGCGUGGAAACCAUGGAGAUGCAUUACAUUUGAUGAUUGAAGAGCUUCAGGUGCUUUCGCCAUUGGUAGCCACACGUGAGUUCUGUGUGCUAAGAUACUGUCAGCAGAUUGAACAUGGAACUUGGGCUAUUGCAAAUGUCUCCUAUGAGUUUCCUCAGUUUGUAUCUCAAUCUCGGUCAUAUAGAUUUCCUUCUGGUUGCCUUAUUCAAGAUAUGUCCAAUGGCUAUUCAAAGGUUACUUGGGUUGAACAUGCUGAAUUCGAGGAGCAAGAACCGGUUCAUGAGAUAUUUAAAGAUAGUGUACACAAAGGAUUAGCUUUUGGAGCUGAACGUUGGAUCUCUACUCUCCAAAGGAUGUGUGAGAGGUUCACGAAUCUAUUGGAACCUGCAACAUCAUCCCUUGAACUUGGUGGAGUGAUUCCAUCGCCAGAAGGGAAGAGAAGUAUAAUGAGACUUGCUCACAGAAUGGUAAGCAACUUCUGCUUGAGUGUUGGCACAUCUCACAACACUCGCUCAACUGUUGUCUCCGGACUGGAUGAAUUUGCGGUCCGUGUGGCUUCACAUAAGAGCCGACAUGAACCAAAUGGGAUGGUUCUAUGUGCAGCCACCAGUUUCUGGCUCCCAAAUUCUCCACAGAACGUUUUCAAUUUCCUCAAAGAUGAAAGAACUCGGCCUCAGUGGGACGUUCUUUCAAAUGGAAACUCUGUUCAAGAAGUUGCUAAUAUUGCAAACGGGUCAAAUCCUGGAAACUGCAUAUCGGUUCUUCGUGGAUUCAAUACAUCGUCAGCACAAAACAACAUGCUGAUCCUACAAGAAAGCUGCAUAGACUCAUCUGGUGCAGCGCUUGUGAUAUACACUCCAGUGGAUAUACCAGCAUUGAACAUAGCAAUGAGCGGUCAAGACACAUCUUGUAUUCCCAUUUUACCCUCAGGGUUCGCCAUUACACCAGACGGAAGCAGCAAAGGAGGAGUAGGAGGAUCAUUGAUAACGGUUGGGUUUCAGAUAAUGGUGAGUGGUUUGCAACCGGCAAAACUGAACAUGGAGUCAAUGGAGACAGUUAAUAAUCUCAUCAAUACUACUGUCCACCAAAUUAAAACCACCUUGAAUUGUCCUUCAACUGCUUGAGACGUCGUCAUUAAAAGCUAGUAUUUCCCCAUCUGAUUUCUGAGAAGGGUCUUCAAUGAGCAGAGAAGUGAAAGGUCAUUAAAAGUAUUUGUCUUCAAUGCCUGCAAAGGGUCUAAGAAAUCAUUAUUCUUCUGGGUAUCUCUCUCUCUCUCUUGUUCAUUUUUUUUGGGUUUCUUUUUUUUUAAUAAGUUUAGUGGAAAGUGGGAGUCAAGAACGCACCAUGCACAAAAAUGUUUUUUUGUAUGGUUCGGGCAUUGACUUCUGUUUGUUUUUUUUCUUACUUCUUUUUGUCUAUUUACAACAACUAAGUUACUAUUAUUGGCUUAUUGGUCUAGUUUAUUUCAUAGUUUCUCUAUC